AUGGCACACCUUAUUGACUUGCAGAAGAGUGAAGGUAUCAUGCAGUAUCAUUUCAAAGAAAAGACUCUUCUGACGCAGGCCCUGCACGCUCCUGUGAAAUUACAAGACAAAGAGACAGAUAAGAUCCUGUAUCUUGACGACGGUAACAGACGUCUUGCUCAACUCGGCCACAAAGUGCUUGAUCUGGUCUUGAACGAUGUCUGGUUCCAUGCUGGCAGUGAUCGUGAAAGUGUCAAUAAUAUUGUUACGACUUGCACAAGUGCCAGUUAUCUGGCCGCAGUGGCUCGGCGGCACGGUCUCGACCUCUGUGUAAACAAUUGCGUCCGACAAGAUCUCGAUGGACCUUCUCCAAAGACACUCAAGCUCGCCGUAACUGCACUCAUUGGAGCAGUCUGGUUGGACUCGGACAAGGAUAUCACUGUGGUAUCCAAACUGGUCAACACCUUGGGCAUUACUCAGUAA